AAAAACUUCUAAACGAGAGGGUUGGUUGGCCCAAGCAAAAAGGCCACCUAUUCUUCUUCACCUCCAUCCUGACCUCUUGCCCAGCCGCAGCCAUCGAUCUAGGGUUUUCUUCUUCGCUCAUAGAGUAGAUCGGCGGCGGAGGUCAGGAGAAUCGAAGCGGAGGAAGGGAAGGGCGAUGGCGACCAGGAUGUCAAAGGAGGAGCUGGCGGCGUAUCAGCCGAGGCCGGGGGUGCGCUGUGAGAAGGCGGCGGCGGAAUUCUUGGCGAGGAGGAAGAAGGAGAUGGAGUCCGAGCCUGAGGAGUCCCGCACCGACAUAAACGCGUACGAAGCAGGCCUCUACCGUGUGUUCUGGGAGCAGAUGUUCGGCAAGAACGGUUCCCGCUACGAGGACAUCACAAUGAUCCCUCCCAUGGCUUUCACUGAUCAUGGCUGCAAGUUUGCCGGCGUCCAGUCCACUAUACAGAUUUUUUCCGUCAAAGUCGAGGAGACAACGGGAGGGUUGGUGUGGCCCUUGCAUGUCUACGGUAUGGUUGCGGUCCGUGACGUCGUUGACCACAACCGAAAUGUUAUCUUCCAUCGUGAAAGGGAUAACUGCCAAAUCAUUACCACAAUGGAUCCAUAUCUGGCACUAACGGGUCCUACCCGGGGUGUUGUGGUGUCUGUUCAUCCUGUGUACUUUGAAGUUCAUCUUAAGGUGAAAGGUCAGAAGGAAUCUGAAGACAAAGACCUAGCCUUUCUGGCAGGCUGUUACAGCAGUAAUGGCCCAUGGAGAUCCUGUUUGUUUGAUAGGUCUUGGACCAGCAAGCUCAGCACACUGAAGUUUACUUGUGGCCACUUGGUUGACUCAGUGGAGGCCACAGUGAGCGUGAAACUCAUUGGAGGGACGUGGCCGCAUGGCUAUCGCGGUGUAUUCAAGGCUGAGACGUCCGGUAUUCCUGAGAAGUCCGUGAUGCUACUUGAUUGUCGUGAUGGCAAACUGCCUGUUGAUGGCGAUGGUCACGUGAAGUUUUCGCGGCGCGUUGUUUGCGUUGAGGUUGCUCCUUUGGAUGAGCUUUGUGUCACUAAUCUGAAAGUAUCGAUAGAGGCAGUGCGUAUCAAAGGGAAGAAAGAAAAAGUCAAAGAGAAGAUAAGGAAACAUACGGUGAAGCUUGAGGCUGAUUUUCUGCCCAAGAAAAAGGGUAGAAGCCGGGAGAUUGUAGAGGUUCUCUCAUGUGAAAUGGAAGUGGAGGUUGCGUGGUCUCUUCUGUCGACCUUCAAGGCCAGCUAUAAGAGGGCCAUUGCUGAUCAUCUGGAGAGUCUAAACUUGGUUUAGAUGCUGGUGGUGUAGUGGCUGUGAGAACUGUCUGUUGGAAACUAUGAUUAUCGUAUCUAUGUUAUCAUGUGGCAUGUAUGCACUUAUUAACUAGUAUAGUGUAGUGGAUGUUUAAUUUAUGCACUGGAGCAGUAGUUAAAUUUGGUGUACUGACUAAGCUGAAGUAUGUUGGAGCAGCAACUAAGGAUGUACUACUGUGCUUUAGUAUCAGGUGGUGGCAUGUAUGGACAAAGUUAAUUGCUUC